GGAGGAAAGCGGACCUGCCGCGGCCCCGAGGUCGACGACCGCGCCGCCCGCCGUGGGAAGAGCCUUAUAAAGCCGCCGCUCACCCGCCCCGAGCGACUCCAGCCGCGCUGUCUCGGACGCGUGCGCUGGGUCCGGGCGGACUGGAGAUCGACGUCCGACGGACCCGGAUCCCGGACAGACCCCCGGCCGACAGCGAGCACACAGCGGCCCGGACGCGCCUCCUGCUGGCGGGCAGCGGGGGCCGAGGGCGCCCCGGCGGCCGGGGCAUGCGUGGCGCGCGUUAUGGCCUCGGCGGUGUUUGAGGGCACCUCGCUCGUGAAUAUGUUCGUGCGCGGCUGCUGGGUGAACGGCAUUCGCAGGCUCAUCGUCAGCCGGCGCGGUGACGAGGAGGAGUUCUUCGAGAUUCGCACGGAGUGGUCGGACCGAAGCGUGCUCUACCUGCACCGCAGCUUCGCCGACCUGGGCCGCUUGUGGCAGCGGCUCCGGGACGCCUUCCCGGAGGACCGGCCGGAGCUGGCGCGCGCGCCGCUACGCCAAGGGUUGGUUGCCAUAAAGGAUGCCCACGAUAUAGAGACCAGGCUCAACGAGGUGGAGAAGUUGCUGAAGGCCAUCAUAAGCAUGCCGUGCAAAUAUUCUAGGUCAGAAGUUGUGCUCACCUUCUUUGAAAGAUCUCCUCUGGAUCAGGUGUUAAAAAAUGACAAUGUACAUAAAAUUCAACCCAGCUUUCAAAGUCCGGUGAAAAUAUCAGAAAUCAUGAGGUCAAAUGGGUUUUGUUUAGCCAAUACGGAAACUAUCGUUAUUGACCACAGUAUACCAAACGGAAAAGAGCAGCACCUGGGUGUGGACCCAGCAGAGCAUCUGUUUGAGAACGGCAGUGAGUUUACCUCAGAGGUGGAGGAUGGUGAUGACCCAGCAGCGUAUGACACCAAUCUGUCCUAUUACCACCUGGUUCCCUUUGAGACGGACAUUUUGGACUGAGCCUCCAGGGGGUCCCUUCAUCUCCAGCCCUCAACUGCUGGUUCUGCUGCUGUUCGCUGCUCUGGCUCCAGGCCUGGUCUCUGCGGUGCCAGUGUUGACUAAGCGGGGCGCUGCCGCCACGCCCCAGCAGCCUGCCUCCGUGGGGCCGGGUGUUCCGAGAGUGGAUCAGUGGGAAUUUUCUGGGGUUAGGGCCAACCUCAAGUCUCCCACAACAGGAGUCAGGUCUCGGGAGUCCACGAAGCCAGCUGCUGUGUCCAGGUCUCUCUCCACUGCACACUGCCAGCCUGUCUCUGCCUUCCUGGGCCUCACUCCCCACAGUGUCUUGAGGAGCCACAAGUGCCUGCAGGAUGUCACAGUGCAAAGGCAGAACACACAGGGUCCUGCUGGGUUACUCCUCUCCUGUGACUGCUUCCUGGAAAGAAGCCUUCUUCUAGGUACGGUGGCUCAGGGCCAGCCGGACCCCCUCAAUCCCCACCAUAUGGGACUUUACAACCUCACAGAACAACCCAUGUGAGAUUUUGGUUGAGUCACCAAGUUUUUGAUGACAUAGGCAGGGUAUGUUUAGUAAUCAGCAUGUUCCUGGGAACUAGAAUGUCUGAUUUUUAUUUUUAUUUUUCAUCUUUUAUCUGGUGAUAGUUUUGUGUCAGCCAAAGGGGGUAUGAAUUGUGAAUGGGAACAGGGACAGGAGAAAUCAUUGACUGUCCGGUGCUUCUAUAAGCUGAUCCUGAGUUACAAUUACCCAGUAUAGGAAAAGAAUCCCCCCCGGCCUGCCAGCAUCUCUUCAGGGUAGCAGUGCUUUAGCGACUCCGGGCUUAGAGGUUCACUUCUCCUGCUGGUUACCCAGCUUGCAGUGAUGGAAUUGCCAUAUUAACAUGGAAGGAUGGUAAUGAGAAGAAAGCCACUCACUCAGUCUACCUAUUACCCUUUGCCCUCAGGGAGGGGCUGGGCUCAGUGUGCUUCUCUCCUUUAAGUCCUCACCGUAUCUACUAAGGACCAACAUUUGCUAAUGUAAAUAAUAUAAAUUAUUGAGAAUCCUAAUUCUUUUACACAGGCUGUUUUUUAAUCUAUUUUAAUUAAAUAAAAUUUAUCACUCUCCUUUUAUGGAUGUAAGGUGUUUGUGUAUAAAGGUGUGCCUCUUUUUAUUCUCUGCCAGGAGGGGGCAAAAACCAAACCCUACCCCUCAGGCUGG